CUUAUCAGCAAAAUUAAACAAACAAAUAUUGACCACAAAGAAAAACUUAAAAACCCAACAACAAAAAACACGCGUAUAUUGCUCAACCCGGGUCCAAGACCCUUGCAAUAACCAUGCACGAACCACCCGAUAUUGGACGAUACACCCCAAAAACAUACCAACAUAAAGACCCGAAAUUCAUGGUAGUAAAAAGAAAGGACAAUGAAUCAUUUAGAACAGUUUCCCCCUUCAUAAUCCAAAAAUCCAUAGACUAUGCCUGCGGAGGAGAAGUUGAUUCGGUAAAAAAAACACGAGACGGAACCCUACUAAUAAAAACAAAAACUCACCUUCAAGCUACAAAACUGCUUAAACUAAACAAAAUUGCAAACAUGGAAAUACUGGUUACGGAACAUAAAACACUAAACUCCUCGAAAGGAGUGAUCUACAGCAACGACCUCAGAUAUAUUGAUGAAGAGACCAUCCUUCAAGAGCUUAAACCCCAAAAAGUCAUAGAAGUAAAAAAAACAAUGAAGAAACAAACUACAAGCAACAACACCAACACCAAUACCACCGAAACUGGCCUAAUAAUUCUAACAUUUGAAUCCCACAAACUUCCCGAAAUACUUCGAAUUGGAUACGAAACCGUUCGCGUGCGUGACUACAUACCACUCCCGCUACGCUGCAAAAAGUGCCUUCGAUUUGGACACCCAACUCCCAUAUGCAAAAGCACAGACAAAUGUUCAAAUUGCUCGGAAGAAAAACACACCACUGAAGGCUUACACUGCCAAAAAGAUAAAAAAUGCCUCAACUGCGAGAACAAUCCGGAAAUAAACUCCCAACACAGCCCGCUUGACCGUAAAUGUCCAACAUUCCUUAAGCAACAGGAACUUACAGCUAUAAAAACUACCGAGAAGGUCGACCCCCAAAACCCCAAUCUUCAAAUACCACCAUACCAAUAGAAAAAACUACACACAAAAAUCACACACAAAACACCAUAACCAAAUCAACAUCCCACGGAACCUCAACUAAAGCGCCAAAAUCACCCAAAGAACACCUCCAAAAUCACACUCCACAGAAAGAGCAAGACGACAUCGAGGCCAUGGAUACCGACAUUACAGACACCACACCAAAAUCACUUUACGCAUCACAAAUUACAAAGAACUUAACAUUAAAAAUAUUUUCCAAAGAUAAGUCAAACUCUCUCUCCACUAACUUCAAACCAUCCAAACCAAAAACUAAACCCGCAACCAAAAACAAACAUACCAAUAACAGCGACAACGAAUCCAUCUAAAAUCCACCAACCUUAUCCUAAACUAACCCGAUCUUCACCGCAAAAAUGUCCCUUAAUAUAAUGCAAUGGAAUAUAAAAGGUUACUCUAACAAUUAUAACCAACUUCUAAUAUUGAUAAAGAAC